AUGAUUUCUACAAUUUCUCUUUCACAGCUUGUGAAUCCGGGUGAAGAUUGGAACAAUAUUAAUCCUACAGAGACAGAUGUGAGGGAUGAUGAGCAGAGGACAGAGGACAUUCCUACAGAUAACCGCCCAGAUGACUGUACCAGGAACUUCGAGAAACAUCUGGUAUUUUCCGAUUUUGAAGUAGAUGAUUGUGGUAUCACACGAGAUACAUUGGAAGAGCAUGCCAAUAUACAAGAUAUACCCUCAUCCAAUCGCAGCAACAAUGCAUCAUUUGAUUCUUUUAAACAGGUCCGAUCUUCUGAUUCAUCACAAUUUGCAACAGGAGUUAAACAUCAAACAGCUCACAUAAAAGAGAAGCCAUUUUCAUGUUCAGAAUGUGGAAAAUGUUUUCGAUUUAAAUCAGCUCUUAUUGUACAUCAGAGAAUUCACACAGGGGAGAGGCCAUUUUCAUGUUCAGAAUGUGGGAAAUGUUUUCACGAUAAAUCAGGUCUUGCUAUGCAUCAAAGAACUCACACAGGGGAGACACCAUAUUCAUGUUCAGAAUGUGGGAAAAGUUUUCGAUUUAAAUCAGCUCUUGUUGUACAUCAGAGAAUUCACACAGGGGAGAAGCCAUUUUCAUGUUCAGAAUGUGGGAAAUGUUUUCACAAUAAAUCAGGUCUUGUUAUGCAUCAGACAAUUCACACAGGGGAGAAGCCAUUUUCAUGUUCAGAAUGUGGGAAAUGUUUUCACAAUAAAUCAGGUCUUGUUAUGCAUCAGAGAACUCACACAAGGGAGACGCCAUAUUCUUGUUCAGAAUGUGGGAAUUUUUUUCUCCAGAAAUCAUCUCUUGAGGCCCAUCAGAGAAUUCACACAGGAGAGAAGCCAUUUUCAUGUUCAGAAUGUGGGAAAUGUUUUAGACAAAAAUCGGAACUUGUCACACAUCAGAGAAUUCACACGGGGGAGAAGCCAUUUUCAUGUUCAGAAUGUGGGAAAUGUUUUAGACAAAAAUCGGCUUAUGUUGUACAUCAGAGAUUUCACACAGGAGAGAAGCCAUUUUCAUGUUCAGAAUGUGAGAAAUGUUUUAAGAUGAAAUCAGAACUUGUUAAACAUCAGAGAAUUCACACAGGAGAAAAGCCAUAUUCAUGUUCAGAAUGUGGUAAAUGUUUCAACCAUAAAUCAUCUCUUGGUAAACAUCACAAAACCCACAUAAAAGAGAAGCUAUCUUCAUUCUUAGCCCGUUAGUGACCUCCCUUAUGUGUUUUUAUGGUGGUCACUUACUGGCAUUAUUCCAUCAGAUACUUAUUUUUACAGUGAGAUAAAACAGAUCCUUGCUUUCAGUUACCAGAGGUAGCUGAGGGCUUGGAUCCAUGAUUGGGAGACUGUGAGAUCUCCCCAAACAAACAUAGUCUCCUGUAUUGAAUUAAUUUUUUUUUGUUUGAACAUUAAAAUUUUAGACAGAGACAGAAAUGUUGCGACAGUAUGAAAGACAUGCCAUAAAUAAAUAUUUCUAAAGUA